UGUUCAGUAGCUCAAGAGUGAAACUGAGGCAGACAGCCUUAGAUGAGGAUGAAGACCUUUACAAUUCUCCUGUCACUGUAUGUGGCCAUCUCCUCCGCAUUUCCUGUGGCUCCAGAAGCAGAAGAUGAAGGAAAAACCCUACAGCUUGUAGAGAGUUAUCUACAGAGUUUCUAUGAUGCUCCAAAGGAUCCCCAUCCCCAUGUAAGAAGUGGUGGUGAAAAUCCCCUUACUGCAAAGCUCAAGGAAAUGCAGUUGUUCUUUGGACUAGAAGUGACUGGAAAACCUGAUCUUGACACAAUAGAGAUGAUGAAAAAACCCAGAUGUGGUGUACCUGAUGUACAGAAAUAUGUGUUCACACCAGGGAAUCCCAAAUGGAAAAGAAAUAAUCUGACAUACAGGCUUUUGAAUUACACCCCAAAGAUGAGACAAGCUGAUGUAGAUGAAGCAGUGAGAAGAGCUCUCAGUGUCUGGAGCAGUGUGACACCAUUGACAUUCCAAAAGGUUGAGGACAAAGAAGCAGAUAUCAUGAUCUCCUUUGCUUACAGAGACCACCGUGACAAUUCUCCUUUCGAUGGUCCCAAUGGACAGCUGGCUCAUGCAUUCCAGCCUGGUGAAGGUCUUGGUGGAGAUGUGCAUAUGGAUGAGGAGGAAGCUUGGACAAAAGAUGGGCGGGGCUACAAUUUGUUCAUUGUUCUUGCCCAUGAGCUUGGCCAUUCACUGGGUCUGUCUCAUUCAAAUGAUCCUGGAGCACUGAUGUAUCCAACUUACUCCUACACUGACCCCAAUGAAUUCCUUCUUCCUCAGGAUGACAUUGAUGGAAUUCAGGCCAUCUAUGGACCAUCCAAUGCUGCUGUGCAGCCAACAGGACCCGUAACUCCAGAAGCUUGUGACCCAAAUUUGACAUUUGAUUCUAUCACUACCCUACGUGGAGAAAUAUUCUUCUUCAAGGGCAGAUACAUGCUGCGCAAGCAUCCUGCAAGGACAGAGACAGAGCUCAACUUUAUCUCACUGUUCUGGCCAAGGUUACCAUCAGGAAUUCAAGCUGCUUAUGAAAAUGUUGAGACAGACGAAAUUACAUUUUUUAAAGAGGAUAAAUAUUGGGUCAUCAGUGGAUAUGGUGUUCUACCUGGCUAUCCCAAACGAAUCUAUCACCUUGGGUUCCCAAAGACUGUUAAAAGAGUUAAUGCAGCUUACAAUGAUGAAACCACAGGAAAAACAUAUUUCUUUGUAGCUGACAGAUACUGGAGAUAUGAUGAAAAGAAAAAAUCCAUGGAUCAUGGGUAUCCCAGGAAAAUAAUCUCCGACUUCGGAAAAAUUGGCAGAGUUGAUGCUGCUUUCCAGAAAGAUGGUUAUGUGUAUUUCUUCCAUGGAACAACUCAGUUCCAGUUUGAUCCUCGGGCUAAACGGAUUGUUCGACAAAUGAAGAGCACCAGCUGGUUUAAUUGUUAAUUGCAAUGUUUUUCCUUGUGCACACUGUAUGUUUUUAUCUGAUGCAUUUUUUUAGCAUUUCAUGAUUCUGAGGUCUGAACAGAUUUCUGUUCAAAUUCUAUGGCAGUAUAAUCUUAAUAAGUAUUUAUUUUAUGCCAAAUAAAUUUAUAUAAUUUAUCACAACUUCUCCUGUUACAGUCAAGUUUCCUAAUAAAUUAUGUUUCUCAUAU